GGGGCGAGUGGAAGUUUUACUCUUAUUUACCCCAGGAGACAAUAACGUACCCCCGCUGUACUGGGGCAGAAGAACAGCGCGGUUUUGGGAAGUGGCUGUUUUCACGGUUUACUGCACAGAUAAAAGGGGAAAAUAUCUGCUUGUGAAGAGGAAGAAGGCGGAAAGAAAGGCCACGCCCCCACCUCAGAGAGUUCGAGGUUCCUUUAUAGGACGACAUUAAUUUGGUUCCUGUGUUCAUAACGGACCUGCUGCAGUUACGCUGAAGUGCGUUAAGAGCAUGUUCACCCUCCAGAUAAAAGAGCAUCAGUGGCUUCUGAUCUAAUCCAUCCAGAGUUACCACCUUCACCCAUGUAGCCUCACCCACACUCAGCACAGCCAUGAUAACUGCGCACGUGAACGGUUAUGUGGAGAAUUUUGAAGCAUUGGACAGUUCAGAGAAAGUCCACCAGCUCAGAGACAUGGCCGUGGGGUGUCCCAGUGAAACGGUUUCACCCCCUGGACCCCAGACCCGCUGCAGCAGCAAGAUGGAGCGCAUCCAGAGCUACCAGGAGGAGCUGAGGAAGAAGAGGGAGGAGGAAGGGCGCUAUAGGAACCUCAACACCAAACUGAACACUUCCUCGCACAGACUCAAUAAACUGUCUCAAAGCCCUAAGAUGGGCAUUGAAAACCCCACAUUCGAGACAGCGGAGACCCCAAAGCAGAGCACGCCGGAUCAGGAGGCAGCGGCUAACAUUGAGUUGGAUGACCUGCUCCAGUCUCUGCAGCGUGUGCAGUACAGUCUGAGCGAUGCUGAGAGUCAGGCGGAUGUGCAGGUGGUAAUGGAGCUUCUGCAGCAGAGUGAAUUCCAGCAGGCGUUCAACAUGCACAGCAGUGUGGCACUCGGUGUCAGAGCCAUCAACCCACCAUAUCCCAUCACUGCCCGCGCUCAGCACCUCUGCUAUGAGGUGCAGAAUGUCUUACAGUUCACCAAGCAGAAGGAGGGGAUUGAGCUCAAAGCCCUGCUGACCAACCCACACUUUCAGGCUCUGAUGGAGGCUCAUGACUUUGUGGCCGAGCGGGAGCUGGAGCCAGAGCUCAGUUUGGCCCAGUAUGGAGGAGAAACAGUUAAGCUGGUGCGGCUGGAGAAGGCUCGGGACAUACCACUGGGUGCGACAGUGAGGAAUGAGCAUGACUGCGUGAUGGUGAGUCGAGUGGUGAAGGGUGGUGCAGCAGACAGGAGCGGCCUCCUCAGUGAAGGAGAUGAAAUCCUGGAGAUAAAUGGCAUCCCUGUCCGUGGCAAAAACGUCAAUGAAGUUCACAACAUCCUGUCAAACAUGCAUGGGACCCUCACCUUCCUCCUGAUCCCCAGCUCACGGCACAAAGCCCCGGCACACAGGCAGACUGUGAUGCAUGUGAAGGCCUAUUACAGCUAUGAGCCUGCGGAUGACCCGUACCUGCCCUGUCGAGAGCUCGGUCUGUCCUUCCAGAAAGGAGACAUCCUGCACGUCCUCAGCCAGGACGACCCCAACUGGUGGCAGGCCUACAAGGACGGAGAUGAUGACAAUCAGCGGCUGGCUGGCCUCAUACCUGGGAAGGGUUUCCAGCAGCAGAGAGAAACCCUGAAGAAAGCUGUCACAGACCGAAAUCCAGAUAAUCCAGGAAAACUUUGGUAUGUUAAAAAGAUCAAGAAGGCAAGAAAAAAGAGCCUUUAUAACCCCAGCAGGAAUGUAGAAUGCUACACAGAAGAUAUUCUGACCUAUGAGGAGAUGGCACUGUACCAUCAGCCAGGCAACUGUAAGCGACCUGUGGCCCUGGUUGGUCCAGCAAACAGUGGCCAUGAUGAUCUGAGACAAAGGCUACUGUCUGUAGAGCCGGAGCGGUUCGUCGGCGCUGUGCCGCACACCACUCGGAGCCCCCGGGCCACUGAGCUGAACGGGAGGGAGUACCACUUUGUGUCGCGGUCAAGUUUUGAGACCGACGUGACGGCGGGGAAAUUCGUCGAGUUUGGAGAGUAUGAGCGCAACUUCUAUGGCACCAGCGUAGACUCGGUACGGGAGGUGGUUAACGCUGGCCGCAUCUGCGUGCUCUGCCUCCACACACGAUCUCUGCGUGUGCUUCGCUCCACUAAUCUCAAACCAUAUGUCAUCUUCAUCGCUCCUCCUCCACAAGAGCAUCUGCGCACCCUGCUGUCCAAAGAAGGAAGAAACCUCAAGCCUGAGGAGCUGAAGGAGGUGACAGAAAAGGCUCGGGAGAUGGAGCAGAACUAUGGCCACCUGUUCGAUGCUGUCGUGGUGAACAGCGAUGAGGACAUGGCCUUCUUUGAACUCCUUCGGCUCGUCAAUAAACUGGACGCGCAGCCUCAGUGGGUCCCGUCCUCCUGGCUCUGCUGAGUCCACACCAGCACAGCAGCGAUACUCCAAACCCAAAGAGAGUCACCAUUAACCUCACUGUGGAGAAGGCCUUUGAGACUGCUUACCCGAACAUGAGCCGUCUCAGUGUGAACCAGGACGACGUGAACUGCAGCUGGACGGUCUUCUUUCAGCGUUCUUUUUGGUUUAUAGUGUCACCGUUUAGAAUCUGGCUGUAUGUUGGGAUGCUGGACACCUACUUGAUUUCAGGUGAUAUUUGAAAGGAAUUUUAAAGGAAUACCCCAAAAAGCCAGUCAGAGAAGACCUUUUGUUUGGUAUCUGAAGUUUGCUUCUUUAGUUUUGCGCUGGAGCUGUGAAGCUCCAAACAGCUUCUCGUUUUCGAGUAUUUGGACACUUUAACCAUUAGUGAACUUUCUUUAGGCACAUCAUAAAAUGACUAAAAAAAUGCUAUUUGCUUUGGUGGAAAAGACUUUUAGAUUUACAGGAAAGUGAUGGUGCGGACAAAAGCUAGACUGUUGUGUGAAGCGCAUGAACGAAAACAAAAUCCGGGGCUGUUUUUUUUUUUUUACAGUGAUGUCACUGAGCUUGUGUUUAUUGGUGGAGCCAUAAACUCAGAAGUGCACAAUGACAUUUUGGGGGCAAACCUGCAGAAGUCAGAAAGGAAGCUGAGAGCGAUCUGAAACGAAGCAGAAGACUUUGCGGUUAAGAUAAUGUUACGUUUGUUGACGUAGGCUGUGGAAUCAGAAAUGAUCAGUCUUUUUUUAUUAUUAUUUCUGUGGGCCUCAUUCUCCAAUAUAUGUUUUUCUUACGUGUUCUUGAGAGAGGUCCUAAGAAAACGUCUACGUCAGAUUCAUGACGUCUUCUUACAGCCCAGAACUGCUCACACCUGCUCUUGAGUGUGUGUAGAUUCUUUUCUUACCUAAGUACAAAUCCCAAAUAAGAAACAGUGAUGAAUGUCAAUCUUCAUCACAACUGCAUACGUAGGUUCUCGGGAAGAAAUUUCUUAUGAAGAACAGUUGAUGAAUGAGGCCCGAUGUUUACCCAUAUAAAAUGUGUCCGUUUUCAUACUUUUUCAGGUGUAUUUGAUGAAUACAUUUCUUUUACAUAUGGGAAAUUAUCACGUCACGUUUCCCUCAUGUGCCUCUUACAACAAACACAGACACCAUAGUGGAGAGGCAGAGAUGCCGAGAGGACGAGGUGAGAGGUGACUGCAGUGUCAGUGCGAAAGUGAGGAAGCAAACUUCAAUUUUCAGUAGUACUGGUGUUGCUCUGGUCAAGCAGGAGAUACUGGUACAGUAGGUUUUCACGUUCAUGUCUACAUUGGUAUCUUUUAUGUCGUUUGGUCUCAUUUCAUGUCUUUUGAAGGAUGACCGCCAGCACGAGCUUACGCUGAGCAGCACGAGAGGUUCAGUCAGACAUAUUUUUAAAGGUGAUUUGAAAUAUUUGAUUUUUUUGUGCAUUCACAACAUUUUGUGUGUUUAUGGCUUUGGGAUUCAGUAGAAUCUACGUUCAGUAGAAUACAUCCUAUUAGAACAACUCGAGAAAAAAAAAAGAAGUACUGUCGGUAGAUAGAUUUAUUUGUGGUAGCCGGUAAAUUCUCAGGAAUGUUGAUUUGUGCAUUUGUGAUAACCUGCUUAUUUAUAGCAAAUCCUGACUGAAACUUGAAAUAGGAUGUUUUUUUCAACUGUGGGACAGAAAGAUACUUUAUUGACACAGAUGUCUUCAUGUUGCUCCUGCCUAGCUGCAGUAUAGCGCUGUCUUCAAAUGUGUUUUUGUAAUUAAUAUCAAUAUAAAGAGAAAAUUCAUGAUAUAUUAAUACAUUA